CUUUAAGAAACAACACCCACAAAAGCAAGUGUUAUUAAACGAUUCUUCCAUUUCGUGACUAUAAACUACUCACUCUCUAGUCUCUACCUUCAACAUUAACGUCAAUCACCGCCAUACACCUGUACGGUGAUUGACAUGGACGCUCACACUCCUCUCCUCAACGGCGCCGCCUCUUCCUCUCCGGCGUUGUUGGAGGAAGACGGUGAUUACGCGGAAGUGAAAGGGUUUGAACAAGCGAGAAAGGUUUUCGCGAUUGAAACAGCGAGGAUAUGGAAAAUUGCAUUGCCGAUAGUUUUCAAUAUUUUGUGCCAAUACGGUGUUAACUCUAUCACUAAUAUCUUCGUCGGUCAUCUCGGUGAUAUUGAACUCUCUGCUAUUUCUCUUAUUAACUCUGUCAUUGGCACUUUCGCUUUUGGCUUCAUGUUAGGUAUGGGGAGCGCGACAGAGACGCUCUGCGGUCAAGCUUUUGGAGCUGGAGAAGUUCAAAUGCUUGGUGUUUACAUGCAACGUUCAUGGAUAAUUUUAUUUGUGACGAGUUUAUUCCUCUUGCCGAUAUACAUUUUUGCUGCUCCAAUUUUGAAACUUCUUGGCCAACAGAAAGAUAUGGCUGAUCUUGCUGGAAGUUUUGCACUUUUAGUAAUUCCUCAAUUUCUCUCGCUUUCCUUAAAUUUUCCAACGCAAAAGUUCCUUCAGUCUCAGAGUAAGGUUAGUGUCAUUGCGUGGAUUGGGUUAGUGGCUCUGAUUUUGCAUAUUGGCUUGCUCUGGCUCUUGAUUUAUGUAUUCGAGUUAGGCUUAACCGGUGCAGCGAUUGCAUUCGAUGUUACGAGUUGGGGAAUUACAUUGGCUCAACUUGUUUAUGUGGUGGGUUGGUGUAAGGAUGGAUGGAAUGGAUUGUCGUGGUUGGCUUUUAAGGAUAUAUGGUCCUUUGUUAGGCUAUCGAUUGCAUCGGCUGUUAUGCUUUGCCUUGAAGUUUGGUAUAUGAUGAGUCUCAUUGUUCUUGCUGGUCACCUUGAUAAUGCAGUGAUUGCUGUUGAUUCUAUCUCUAUAUGCAUGAAUUACAAUGGAUGGGAAGGCAUGAUCUUCAUUGGAGUAAAUGCAGCUAUAAGUGUUCGAGUUUCCAAUGAACUUGGACUUCGACAUCCAAGAGCAGCUAAAUACUCUGUCUAUGUGACAGUCUUUCAAUCUCUUUUCAUGGGAAUAUUCUUCAUGGGUGUUAUUUUGCUAACCAAGGACUAUUUUGCCAUCAUUUUUACCAAUAGCAAGACUUUGCAAGUGGCGGUUGCAAAACUAGGAGGUCUCCUUGCCGUCACAAUGGUUCUAAACAGCGUUCAACCAGUGAUUUCUGGUGUUGCUGUUGGAGGUGGAUGGCAGGCCUUGGUGGCUUACAUCAACAUAGGUUGCUAUUACUUGUUUGGGCUUCCAUUAGGGUACCUUCUUGGUUAUGUUGCAGAAUUGGGGGUUAAGGGACUUUGGGGAGGUAUGAUAUGUGGAAUUCUCCUCCAGACCUUGCUGCUCUUGGGAAUACUUUACAAAACCAAUUGGAACAAAGAGGUCGAUGACACAACUGCACGCGUGCAGCAGUGGGGUGGACGAUCCGCAGAAGUUGACAAGACAUUGGCUUCUUCAUAAAAGUUGCAUAUAUCUCUCACUUCUUAUGUGUUAGGAAAAUUAGGAACAAUGGUCUCUAAUGUCUUUCUUGACCAUUUUGCACUGUAAUCUAGUAGCUGAUUUCUUUCACUUCGGUACAUGUCAUUAUCUGUCUUAUGUUUUGUGUUGCUGCUGAGAAAUGGUGAAGACAGAAAAUCAAUCAUAUUUUUGCUAAUUUAUGUUCCAUCUUUUAAUUAUAUAAUAGCAUCUUAGUGAAAAAUUGGAACCA